GCACAGGCUGCAAGAGAGCACCUUUGCCGCGACACACUUUGUACACUAAGUCUCGAGGAACUUUCUCCAUCCUGAGACCUGUGGAGCCGGUAAAUGUCUUCGGAGUAACGGUGGAGUACGUAUUACGUUCGAGGUGCUGCCGUGCAUGUGAGGCCCUCGGUCGAGUGACCAAAGUAUCAAAGUACCAAAGUACGACGGCCAGGAUCAGUGCUUGUAACUCUUGUAAGUGGGAAGAGACCGUCGGCGACAGACAUGAGGGUGCACAGAGGAAUAUGCGCCAAACUUCAGGGCGGAUUUCUCAGGCGAUGGUGGGCAGCCGUGGCUGUCGGCGUUCUCCUCAUAAUCAUCGGUGCUGUACUCGCAACGCUUUUCCCGAAGAUCGUCGACGCUCUCGUUGACAGGGAAGUCGCCCUCCGGGACGGUGGACGGGCUUACGGAUGGUGGAAGGAACCCCCGGUGAGGCCCAAAAUGGCCGUGUAUAUCUACAACGUCACUAAUGCCGACGAGUUCUUGAACAGCGGGGAAAAACCUGCCCUGCAGGAACUCGGACCCUACGUUUACGUCCAACGGUGGUCAAAGGCUGACGUUAAGUUCAACGACAACGAUACUGUUACCUACAAAAUAAGGAAGGAGUUCGAGUUCGCCCCGGAGCUCUCGGCUGGUUCCGAGGACGAUCUGGUCGUCGUUCCGAACAUCCCGAUGCUCUCAGCGACGAGUCAGUCGCGACACGCAGCGCGUUUCCUGCGUCUGGCAAUGGCCUCGAUAAUGGAUAUCCUGAAGAUAAAGCCGUUCGUCGAGGUCUCGGUCGGCCAGCUUCUCUGGGGCUACGAAGACCCGCUACUGAAGUUGGCGAAGGACGUCGUCCCUAAGGAGCAGAAGUUGCCCUACGACCAAUUCGGGUUACUCUACAACAAGAACGGGACCUCGCCGGAUCUCUACACUAUCUUUUCGGGUCAGGGCGACAUCACCAAGUACGGAAUGUUGGAACGAUGGAACGGCAAGAAGGGGCUCGGACACUGGUCGACCCCGCACUGCGACAGUGUCACCGGAAGUGACGGCAGCAUAUUCCCUCCCCACAUCACGAAGCACACGGUCCUCCGCGUAUUCGACAAGGAUCUUUGCCGCGCUUUGCCCCUCGUCUUCAAGCAAGAGGUUAUGACCGCGGGUGGAGUUCCUGGAUACAGAUUCGUUCCUCCUGCGGACGUCUUUGCUUCUCCGUCACGCGUUCCCUCUCAGAAAUGCUUCUGUCCGACUGGUCCUCCCUGCGCUCCCGAGGGAACAUUCAACGCGUCUCUCUGCCAAUACGACUCGCCGGUUCUUCUCAGUUUUCCGCAUUUCUACUUGGCCGAUCCGAUGCUGCGAGAAGCAGUUACGGGGAUUUCACCGGGUGAAGCGGAGAAACAUCAGCUAUUCAUCGACGUUCAACCCAAUAUGGGUACAGCCCUAAGGGCCAGGGCUCGUGUACAGAUAAAUCUGGCCGUUAGCCAGGUGAGCGACAUUAAACAGGUCGCUACCUUCCCCGACAUCGUGUUUCCCAUCAUGUGGUUCGACGAUGGAAUCGAUGAACUCCCGACGGAAAUGAGGUCUCUAUUAAAAAUGGCCGUCGACGUUCCUCCGAUCGCCCGAGCAGCGGUUUCCGGUGCGCUGGGGGCGAUCGGUUUGAUCGUCCUUGUGGGCGCCUUGAUGUGCCUGGCGAGGGCGGCGAGACGCCAAGAGAAGCUCCACCUGAGCAACCCGCUUCCGGCGAACGGGAAAUCCGGCAUGAACCCGGGUUUCCAAAACCCAUCGGGAGCCUCGUAACUCCCUUUUUGACAAUGUAUACGUACAUCCAACACGCGCAACGUAGAUGCAGCCAUCGGCUCCCUAUAACUUGCGGAGUCUCGAUUCUGAGAGUACGAAUUUCGAGAAUCGAUGAUAUUGUUGUGUUUUUUCCCUCUCCGUUUCUUUGUUUCUUAACGAUCUUCCUUCACGUAAUGUCACAUUUGUAUUGCGUGCCACAGUUUAACUUAUUGUGAUGACACUGUUUUAUUCGAUCAAAUUUCAUUUUAAAGACAAUCGUUUAAUUAUAAUUUCUAUCUAUCUAUCUAUUAUUAUUAUUAUUAUUAUUAUUAUUAUUAUUAUUAUUAUUAAUAUUAUUACUAAUAUUAUUGUUAUUUCCUGGGUUAUACUUUUCACCAAUCUUCUUCGCAUUAAUUGUCUCACUUCACGUUCUCAUAAUGUACAUAUUGCGUAAUACAAAUUUCGUAACUACUGCAAAUCUUUAUGUAUCAUACGCAUGCAGAUAGUUAUAUAUGAUAGGAGACAAUUAAACACGAUAAUACCAAUAUGGAGCGUUUAACGAGAACGCAGAGAGUCUGGCACUCGCAAUUGACAAUUGUAAUAAUGUAGUAGAUAUUUUAUUUCCUGUAACAAUCGCAUCGCAUGUAAUGAAAGCAAUGUCGACGUUAUAUCUAUAGUCGCGUAAUAGUAGAAAGUCUUCGUUUUAGGGAAUUGUUGUUAUUAUUAAUAUUAUUAUUAAGUUUAUUAAUCUUUUAAAUCCGAAUUGACCGAACGUGCCUUCAAAUUUUUAUCUAAACAAUUUUACUGUAAUUAUGAUACGCGAGCUGUAACGCACGAAGAAUCUUUGUAAAUUGUCGAUUAAAUUAAUAAGUUGAACGAACGACUUUUGUAAAUAUAAUCUUACAAACGAAAUAAAUUUUGUGAAAAUCAAUUACAUGCUUGAAAAUUUCACGAACGAUAGAUAAAAGGCAUUCCAUGUAUAUUCAAUUAUAGAUGAAAAGUACGUAAUUUUUUUUACAAAAUUUGAGAUGGUUCGAAAAAUCCUUGACCACGCUUUGACAGUUUCUACACAGUGUAUACGAAUACAAUAUUCAACUGAUAUUUUUAUAACCUGGCCGUUUUAAAGCACGAAGAAGUCGCCAUAGGUGUAUCUGAAAUUGUCUGUGAAAUUUAACAUUUGGUAAUUUAGUGUUACAAUGGUUAUUAUACGUAUUUUAUUCUUAGCUCGUCCGAAGCGGAACUUGUAUUGGGCAAGCAGGUAUAAAGUCGACUUGUCUUUUAAUCUGCUCGCAGCUCUGACCAUUAAUCGAAUAUUUCGUAUGUUUUUACGACAGAAUCGACCAGUUGAUCAAUUUAUAAUUAUACCGAAGGCUCGGACUAAAUAUUUGUCAGACAAGAAUAUUGGAUAUGUCGCAUAGCUGCAGGGAAUAACAGAAUGUUUGUCCGAGAUAUUGAGAGGCGGAGGAAGACGAGAAAACAAGUUUGAUUGUUAUAAGCCAAGCAUGUAUAAAACGCGCGUUUGCUUAUAAUUUUGUUAUAAAUUUAUUUUUUCGUA